AUGAUCGACACAGAGUCACUGUCAUCUUCAGCGGACAGCAGGGAAGCUCUCCUGGCGAAGCGGACAUCUUCUGAAGCACCGAGUCUUACCCCUGAGGCUGAAAGAAUCGAAGACUCUCGCGAUAGUUCGACAACACCGGAUGUUCAACCUCCAGCCCCGAUCGGAAGGGUUCCUUUCCCAGACAAGCCGGCUGUUUUAGAAGAACGAAAUGGCGAGAUCGAGUUCCGAGUCGUCAACAAUGAUGGCUCCCGUGAGAGUACGAUCAUCCUCACGGGUUUGAAAUGCCUGUUCCAAAAGCAACUUCCUAAUAUGCCUAAGGAAUACAUCGCUCGUCUUGUUUACGAUCGUUCUCAUUUGUCUAUCGCACUUGUCAAAAUGCCCCUAGAGGUCAUUGGCGGAAUAUCAUACCGAGAAUUCCGAGAACGCAAGUUUGCCGAAAUUGUUUUCUUCGCGAUCGAAUCUGACCAUCAGGUGAAAGGAUACGGAGCGCAUCUCAUGGCGCAUUUCAAAGAUUACGUCAAAGCUACUUCCCCAGUGAUGAAUUUCCUAACUUACGCUGACAACCACGCUAUCGGAUAUUUUCGAAAGCAAGGUUUCACUAAAGAUAUCACGCUCGAUAGAUCUAUCUGGAUGGGGUGUAUCAAGGAUUACGACGGAGGCACACUUAUGCAAUGCUCCAUGAUUCCCCGGAUACGGUAUCUCGAAGCUGGCCGUAUGCUUCUUAAGCAGAAGGAGUCUGUUCUGGCCAAAAUCCGUACCUUCAGCAAGAACCAUGUUAUCCAUAAACCACCUCAGCAAUGGGCUAACGGCGUUAUCACUCCACUCGAUCCGCUUUCUAUCCCUGCUAUCCGAGAGACUGGCUGGACCCCAGCUAUGGACGAGCUAGAGCGGAAGCCAUGCCAUGGACCUCAUUUCAACGAACUUCGACGUUUUCUGAAUCAAAUCCAAAACCACGAGCAUGCCUGGCCCUUUGUCAAACCAGUCGACAAAGAUGAAGUCCCUGAUUAUUACGAUGUUAUCGUAUCACCCAUGGAUCUGUCGACCAUAGAAGGAAGAUUGGAGCAAGGUUUUUAUUCCACCCCGGAAAAGCUCGUCGAGGAUUGCAGAUUGAUUUUCAGUAACUGUCGGCAGUUCAAUGGUACCACAACGGUAUACACCAAAUGUGCCAAUAAGCUGGAGAAUUUUAUGUGGAAAUUGAUCGAGGAGAUUCCGGAGUGGAAUGGUUUGCUGGAUGAUUGA